AUCUUUAUUCUCACCUCGAAAAAAACGGAGUUAUCCCACAAAAAGAGACGUUAUAGAUGUAGUUGAGACAUCGACGGGUUAAGAGUUUCAAUUGAUAAAGAUGGAUCAGGGUGAUGCUGUGAAAAGGCCGCCUCAUCCAAGAGAAAAAGCGAAUCCGGUCUCUGUUCUUACAUUUUUCUAUACGCGAAAACUAUUCCACCGAGGAUUCAAAAAGGACCUGGAAGACGAUGAUUUGUACGACGUGGUAAAGUCCUGCCGCUCUAAAAAAUGCACCGAUAAAUUAGAGCACGCUUAUCAGGCUGAGCAGAAGAAAAAAAAUCCCUCUCUCCUGAGAGUCUUGUGGAAUUGCUACGGCCUCACCUACAUGAUCUUAGGCAUUUUGAGUCUCAGCUUUAAGCUGCUAUCUAGCACUUUAGAUCCCGAUGCGAUAGCGAAUCUGGUAGCUUAUUUCAAACCGGGUCAAACGAAAUUGAGUUUCAACGAUGCUUUAUACUACGCCGGUGUUUUAAUUAGUUUGAAGGUGAUUGAAAAUUUGUAUUCGCCAAAUUACCAUUUGUAUUUGUACCAAUUAUCCCUACAAAUUAGGGCGUCGUUCAGCUCGUUGAUAUACAGAAAAUCUUUGAAAUUAAGUCCCAAAUCUUUAGAAAAAACAAGCGUUGGUAAUAUUGUAACGAUUAUCAGCAAAGAUGUAUCCAUGUUCGAAGGAGCCAUUCAUCUUUUCAAUAAUUUAUGGAUCGGUGUGAUACAAAUUUUCUACAUUUGCUAUCUCAUUUACGCCAGAGUCGGAGCUUCUUCCACUUUAGGUGUGCUAAUUUUAGCGUCGUCUAUUCCAAUCCAAUUUUUGGUCUCGAAGUUAAUAGGGAAAUUACGAACGAAAAUCAACAAGAGAACGGACGUUCGACUGCAGGAAAGCCAGGAGGCUCUAUCGACCAUUAAAAUAAUAAAAAUGUACACUUGGGAAAAAAUUUUCAUCGACCGAAUCAGCGAAUCGAGGAGGAAAGAAAUAAAAACGAUGUUAAAAAAAUCAGUCACAAGGAUCACUCUGAUCGUAACCAGCGAAUUACUGGGCAACGUCGGCUUCUACGUCAUAGUCAUGCUCUAUAUCUAUUACAACACUAACGCCAAUGCAGAGUCGAUAUUCUACAUCAUGAGAUCCUACUCCACCCUGAGCAUGGUCAUCUCCUUCGUGUUCUCUUUUGGGCUCACCUUCACCGCGGAAUUAUCCGCUUCCCUAGCGAGAAUCAACAACGUCCUCCAAUUAGAAGAACUCCCGGACCACGUGGAAAAAGUAGACGAUAAGCCUCUUAUCGACAUCAGAAACGCCUCGGUCAACCUCAAAGACAACGACAUCUUGAAGUCCGUAUCGCUGAAAUUCGAGGCGGGAUUGAACAUCAUUUCAGGGCAAUUAGGCAGCGGAAAGAGCUCUUUAGUGAAGCUAAUUCUACGGGAUUUCAUCCCCGACGCCGGCGAGGUGAGGUCAAGAGGACGGAUAAGCUACGCUUCGCAGGAUCCCUGGCUGUUUCCCGCCACCAUCAAGCAGAACAUCCUCUUCGGCGAAAAGUACGAGUACACCAGAUACAACAAAGUAGUGGAAGUAUGCGCUCUCGCCUACGACUUCAGCAUACUGGACAAAGGCGACGACACUGUAGUGCUCGACAGAGGGAUGAACCUGAGCAAAGGCCAACAGGCGCGCAUAAACCUAGCCCGAGCCAUCUACAAAGAAAGCGACAUCUAUCUGCUGGACGACGUCCUCACGGCGCUCGACUCCAAAGUGCAAGACCACAUCUUCAGGGAGUGCAUCGAGGAGUUCCUGCAAGGCAAGCUGGUCGUCCUCGUCACGCACAACUCCAAGCACAUCAACAAAUCCGACAAGCUCUUGGUGCUGGACAAAGGCGCCGUCAGCUUCGUCGGCAGCGGCCGGAAUAUAUCCGAAGACAUCCUGCAGGCCAUCGAGGACAUCAAGGACCUGCCGGCGCCCACGCCGCAGCCCGACGACAAGGAGAAACUGUUCGACGAAAGCGCGCCGCUGAUCGAACCGCCCGCCGAGCAAAAGAAGCAGAUCUACCACGAGAAUAAGAAACAGGGCGCGGUUUCCUUGCAGACCUACGCGAACUACAUCAAAUUGGGCGGCGGCGUGUUGAUGGUGAUCGGUAUGGUUUUGUUGUACGCUAGCCACACGUUCGCCGACAGCUCGGCGCAAGUGAUGUUAACGAAUUGGGUGAACUACCAAUCGAAUUUGACGUCGAUAAAAGAGAAGCAAUUCGGCAACACCUCGCUGAACACAGACGAGCUAUUUUCGCUGUAUUUUUUAAACAACUCCAGGAACAUCACGACCAACGAACGAUACGAUAUAAUGGCUUACAUCGAUUCGGUUCAGUCGAGCAUUCCGAACGCUAUGGCAGCCAAUCCCUCUCAAACGAUCCCUCUAAUACCCCCUAAACCUAAACCAACUGCUUACUUUAACAGCACUGGCCACAACCUUAAUUUCUCCAAUCUCACGGCGGAGCAGAAUCAAACGUUAGCGGUGUUCGCGGAGCUGGAAAAUCUGGAACUGAUGGCGUCCAGAUCGUUGAACCUGUAUACGGUGACUUUAAUCGCAGCUAUAGUGGUGGAUUUCGUUAAGAAUUACAUGAUAUACCAUUUCGGAAAUAACGCGUCCCUUAAUCUGCACAAAUCGAUGAUCAAGAGCAUAAUGUACGCGAAGAUGUCGUUUUUCGAUACGUUCCUACUGGGGAACAUCUUGAAUAGAUUUUCCCAGGAUUUGAACGUAGUCGAUGAGUAUUUGUCUCUAAUGUUUGGAUUGCUGAUUAGCGCAUCUUUCGGCGUCUUGGGUAUUAUAGGAAUGAUGGCACACGUAAAUUUAAAAUUCAUCAUCCCGGCAGUGGCUAUUUUAAUAGUGCUGUUGAUUAUGAGAUUUAUUUACAUGCCUACAGCGAGGAGUCUCAAGCGUUUGGAAGCUGCGACCCGAAGCCCUAUAAUCGGCCACCUCAAUUCCUCAAUGGAAGGACUGACUACUGUCAGAGCUUUCAAAGCUCAGGAGAUUCUAAAAAACGAGUUCGACAAGCACCAGGACGUCUACAUAAGUGCUAAAUACACGUCGAUUUGCGCCUCGAACGCCUUCGCGUUCUACAUGGACUUCUCGGCUGUGAUUCUCAAUCUUUUCGUUAUUUGCAGAUUUCUAUUCUUCGACACCGAUACUCAAUCCGGCGACGUGGGAUUGACUUUAACGCAAGUCAGCGCUCUAACGAUGAUCGUUCAGUUCGCUCUGCUGCAAUGGUCGGAAGUGGAGAACAUGAUGACUUCAGUGGAAAGAGUAAUGGAAUACACCGCUGUGGAGCCGGAAAAAUCCGAAGGCACGCGCGCUAAGGACUGGCCGAGCGACGGUGAAGUUAUCUACCACAACGUGUCUUUAACCUACACGAAUUCCACUGACAAAGUUUUGAGCAACAUCAACUUCGCGGUGAAGCCCAAGGAGAAGAUAGGAAUAGUGGGUAGGACGGGCGCCGGGAAAUCCUCGAUCAUAUCGACUUUAUUCAGACUGUACAAUCACGACGGGACGAUCACAAUCGACGGUAUCGAUACGAAAACGCUCGCUUUGGAUCACCUCAGGCAACACAUAUCGAUCAUACCCCAGGACCCCAUCAUGUUCUCGGGAACGGUGAGAACGAACAUCGAUCCUCUGAAGGAGUUCACCGACGAAGAAAUUUGGAAAGUCCUUCACAAAGUUAAUCUCGACAAUAAGGUACCUAAUUUGGACAGUUCGUGCGACGACACGAACUUCAGUUCCGGCGAACGGCAAUUACUCUCCCUUUCGCGGGCGAUCAUCCGGAAAAAUAAAAUCGUCGUGCUGGACGAAGCCACCGCGAACAUGGAUCCGGAAACCGAAGGGAUGGUGCAAAAGGCGAUAGAUUCGAACUUCUCGGAUUGCACCGUGUUUAUCAUAGCGCACAGACUGGACUGCAUCAUAAAUUGCGACAAAGUCAUCGUGCUCGAUAGGGGCGAGAUUAAAGAAUUCGACGAGCCCAGGGCGCUACUCAAAGACGAAAGCAGCCAAUUUUCUAUAAUGAUGAAAGCGUCGAAAUCAUCAUCUUAAAUAUGAUUGUUUAAUAAAACCGUGUUUUUGAUAUCUUCAACUAUCAGUAGCUUUAUUCGAAAUACUUUCAAUAGCGAAUA